AUGUUUUCUGGCACACUCACAGCCUGUUGCACGGAAUCUUGUCGUAGGCCUUCUCCAGGGCCCAAUUGUACUUUUCUCCCAGAUGGCGACUAUCCAGCCGGCUACUGCCAGAUGGACUAUUAUCAGUGCUUAGAAGGAGAAAGAAUAUUUCGACUGUGUCCGCUUGGCUAUGUCUUCGAAUUCGAAAAUCGUCACUGUGCUCCAUUCGUUAAAGUUGGCUAUUGCACCUCGUCGAAGUUUGGCGACGCAAGCAUGGGCAUAUCCGCGAAAUUUGAAAUACCGAGCUGCAACUACCUGGUCGAUGGUUCGCAUGAAAUUGGCCAGUGUCAGCAAGCAUAUCUUGUUUGCUUCAAUGGCCAAGGCCAUCUGCAGUAUUGCCCAACGAAUCACGUGUUCAAUUCCGUAAUGCAGCAGUGCAUACAGAUCGAGAACCUGCUUGAAUGCAUCAUGUCGACGCCUGGAACUUCGACAACUGGAAGAUUGACUCCGGCGACCUAUCCUGCGGCCAUCAAAUCAACUCUACCAUUCCCCACCGGUACCGCGCCUGUUUCAAAAUCUGGCGCAUCAGCCACGGCAGUGUACAAUCCGUUUCUGACAACACCUCGCGCCGAAAACACUGCUGUUAGCACUGCUUCAAUCAUGGACCUCAUUCUUAGUACAUCGCCAGCAUCUGCUGUCCCCAGCUACGCAGUAACAGUAAUUCCCGGUGUCACGACAGGUAAGUCCUCGCCAACAUAA